CAAAAGACAUCACACACGUCGCGAAUCGUCCCCCCUUCAUCGCCGAAUCUCAUCAUUAUCAGCUGGGGCUCCCUGUCAAACGCCCAAUUUUUUUUUUCCGUUAAGUACAACUUUUUUUUUCUAUUUUUUUUACAACACGCACUCAACAUCAGUAGUAUCGAGCUUUACGAACGCCUGCAGUUGGGAAAAUUCAUUCGGUCGUGCGUGUAUCAUCCUCAUUUCGACGAUCGAUGCGUCAACACGGAAAUUGAUAGGUUUUUGGUCUCUCCGUUUGCUUAUCAGUCUUUGGGCGUACACACGCGCUUCUAGUGUACAAUCAUCCACGUCAUGGAGUGUUUAAACGACUCGCCGCCCGACCUGGACGAGUGCCUCGAUUUCAAGGAGAGCGUCGGGGAGAACACGUCGUCGACGACAACAUCGACGACGCCGACGACGACGACGACGACGACCAAGACAACGGCUACUCAGCAACAGCCCGAGGUUGAGUUGUUGUCGUCGGCCGCGGUUGACGCUGUCAUCGAGCAGGAGGACUCGGAGAAGAAGAUCCUCGCUCUGAAGUAUGUGCUCGAGAAGGAUCUCAAAGCCGCGGAUCUCAAGUGGUCGCUCUUCGUGGCCGCUUGCCACACUUAUCGCUUCGACACCUGUCUCAAACCCUUUCCUCCCAUGUACAUCAAAAAUGAGACUAAAGACAUUGAAUCGCUGAGAAGAACCGUGGAACUGGUGCCACCUCUGGCUAUCGUUGUACAAGAGCUCAGGGAGCCAAACAUUUACAAAAAGCGGACAUCUGUGAUAGAACUCUUGUUUUGGGUCCUGGUUAGGAUGAGGCAGAUACAAAUCAAGAGUGUCAGCAAAGAAUGCCACGAAUCCGUGUUGAAGAGGGUGGAUUCACAAAUGGCGGUAGCCGUACCAAAUUUAAUAUUCCAAGUAGCAAGUGCCAAACAGUCGUCUUCUGAGGAAAGGUGGAAGGAGCUUUCCAAGGGACAUUCCACGUUUUAUGCUUAUCAUGGUAGCAAGCUUGAAAAUUUCCAUUCCGUGAUUCACUACGGGCUACAGCAGCAUUUAUGCAAACAAGAGUCGUUGUUUGGGAAAGGCAUUUACCUUUCCAGUGAAUUAGGAGUCAGUAUAAACUACAGUCCUGUAGGAUAUGGUUGGGGUGCAAGCCUACUUGGCAGUGACAUGAGCUGUGUAGCCUUGUGCGAAAUCAUUAAUCAUCCAGAUGUUAAAAUAGGUGACACAGAUGAUAUUACAAGAAACAUAGCACCAGAAUCCGAGGGUGGAAAAAUACCAAAGAAAUACUGUGUAGUCCUUAACAACGACUUAGUAAGAAUUCGAUAUUUAUUAGUAUACAGUCAAGAGUUUGGCCGUCUCAGACCACCGCGUAAUAAUGGAAUAGUUGGUUGGAUACGGCAGCACAAAUUACUGACGUUAAUGCUGAGUUAUGUAGUGCUACUUGCUUCCGUUGGACUGUCCCACAACAGAAAUGUCGAAAGAUACAUCAGGUUACUCAUGCGUAGGUUUGAAUUAGAUUGAUAUAGUGAAAAAUUUUAAAGCCCAUUAUAUGCCAGUCAUGAAAAAAAAAAUUCAAGUGAUCCAAGUAUUUGUCAUACAAAUCAAUGACUUUCUUGUCUCUUAUAAAAACACUAUAUAUACAUGAAUUAAGAUUUGUGAUUUUUUUUUCUUAGGAGAUAUAUAAUAAAAAUGUACAUUUUAAAAA